AUGUCCCACAAGCCAGAGAAUCACACAAAACAACAACUCCCCAGCCUCUUCCCAGCAAAAGAAUCCCCAACCUCCCCAUUUUACACAAUGCUCCAAUCUGCACCACCAGACUACCUCCUACAACGCGAACAGCCACACGAACACGAAUAUCCACCCUCAUAUCCAAUCUACUACUUCUCCUACGGAACCCUAACUCACCCACCCCAACUAAAACAUAUCCUCGACCUACUAGAAGAACCAGACCUCCGCAAACCCGAAUUAAUCGGCUACGACAUCGCCAAAUGGGGCGGCGACUACCCCGCCUUGAUCAAUGGGAAACAGGACCAAGUUGUUUCGGGGUAUGCGUACCUUGUAAAGUCCGAGGAGGAGGCGGAAAAACUGGCAGAGUAUGAGACGAGGGCGUAUAGAGUUGCUUCUUGUUGGAUAUUCUUUCGGGAUGGUGCGGAGGAGCCGAAGGAAGUAGGCGGGAAGGUGUUUAUGUAUGCUGGUGAUGCGCGGGCAUUGUGGGAGGGGAGGUUUGAUCGG